AUGCCUCGUGAUUUGACUGCACUCGAUAAUGUCUAUGAGAACAACCUGGGAACUUUAGUUAAACUAUGCAAUUCCGUUUUGCCCGUGCAAUAUCCUGAAAGUUUCUUUCAAGAGUUGUUCCCCAAGGGCAAGAAUGCUAAAAAAGACACCUUCUUUGCUCAAUUGGGUUACUACAGUGAGAUUGCAGUUGGAGGAGUGAAGGCUAAACUUUUGCCCAACAAAAAGGGCGAUGUUCUUCCUCAAGGCGUCUAUAUUGAGAUUCUAGUAGUGUUAGAGCACUAUAGAGGUAAAGGUAUAGGUGGAAAACUUUUGAGUUACGUUGAAACUGAAUGCAAGAAGCACUUCCAGCACGAUAUUUAUGUUCACGUUGCAACUGACAAUGAAUCUGCCAUCAAUUGGUAUAUCAAGCAUGGAUUUGUAAAUGAAGGUAAUAUCUUGAAGGAUUAUUACAAGGAUACCACAGGAUCUCCCGACUGCUAUGUCCUGAAAAAGCAUAUUCCAUGA